GCCCGGGCGUGCGGCCAGACGGAUCGCCGGAGGGGGUCACUGGAGGGGCCGCGGAGGCGGCUCUGCGCAUGGACCAAAACGCGGCGAGCGCCGCCGGAAGCCGUUUCCGGGGCUCCGAGGGGGAGGCGGGGCGGAGGGCAGCCUUCGGCCUCCCCACGGCAGCUGUGGGGGAUGCUGUGAGGAGGGGACCGGCAGGGCAGCGGCUACCCUGGGCCUGGAGGAGUCCAGUCCUGGCGGGGUGGGACCAGGCCGCCGGGCCCGCGCGAGGAAGAGGCCGCCUCCCGGGCCCGCGGCCCCUCCUCCUCCCGCUCCCAUGACCCGCUCUGCGGCGACCCGGAAGGACUUGUGCGCCGCCGGAGCCGGACGCAGGCCUCUUUUCCGGUCGGCGUGGUACAGCGAGCGCAGGCCGCGGCGGAGCCCAGAGCCUUCGUCAUGAGCGUCCCGGCCUUUAUCGACAUUACCGAGGAGGACCAGGCUGCAGAACUUCGAGCUUACCUGAAAUCUAAAGGAGCUGAAAUCUCAGAAGAGAACUCUGAAGGUGGACUUCAUGUAGAUUUAGCUCAGAUCAUUGAAGCGUGUGAUGUUUGUCUAAAAGAGGAUGAUAAAGAUGUCGAAAGUGUGAUGAACAGCGUUGUAUCACUCCUCUUGAUCCUGGAGCCUGACAAGCAAGAAGCUUUGAUUGAAAGUCUGUGUGAAAAGCUGGUUAAAUUUCGGGAAGGUGAACGUCCAUCCCUGAGACUGCAAUUGUUGAGUAAUCUUUUCCAUGGAAUGGAUAAGAAUACCCCUGUAAGAUACACAGUAUAUUGCAGUCUUAUUAAAGUAGCAGCAUCUUGUGGAGCCAUCCAGUACAUUCCAACUGAAUUGGAUCAAGUUCGGAAAUGGAUUUCUGACUGGAACCUCAACACUGAAAAAAAACAUACUCUUUUGAGACUACUUUAUGAAGCACUUGUGGAUUGCAAGAAAAGUGACACUGCUUCAAAAGUCAUGGUGGAAUUGUUAGGAAGUUACACAGAGGACAAUGCUUCUCAGGCUCGGGUUGAUGCCCACAGGUGUAUUGUAAGAGCCUUGAAAGAUCCAAAUGCCUUCCUUUUUGACCACCUUCUUACUUUGAAGCCUGUCAAGUUUUUAGAAGGGGAGCUUAUUCAUGAUCUUUUAACCAUUUUCGUGAGUGCUAAGUUGGCAUCCUAUGUUAAGUUUUACCAGAAUAAUAAAGACUUCAUUGAUUCUCUUGGCUUGUUGCACGAACAGAAUAUGGCAAAAAUGAGACUCCUUACUUUUAUGGGGAUGGCAGUAGAGAAUAAGGAAAUCUCUUUUGAUACAAUGCAGCAAGAACUUCAGAUUGGAGCCGAUGAUGUGGAAGCAUUUGUUAUUGAUGCUGUAAGAACUAAGAUGGUCUACUGCAAAAUCGACCAAACACAGAAAAAAGUAGUUGUCAGUCAUAGCACACAUCGGACAUUUGGAAAACAACAGUGGCAACAACUGUAUGACACACUAAACGCCUGGAAACAAAACUUGAACCAAGUGAAAAACAGCCUUCUCAGCCUUUCUGAUACCUAAAUUUUUAUGCAUGAUUUUGUUCUCUUUAGAGACAAUUCUAAAUCAUAGUAAAACAUUCUAAAACAAAUUUUGAUACCGUCUUGAAGUUUAUUGUCUCAAAUUUCAAGUUAAAAAAAUACUAUACCAGAAAUUUCAGGAACAAAAAUAAUAAAUUACGGAAAGGAAA